AUGCCCCUUAAUAUGACAGUUCCAGGUGAUGGCGGUAGCCAAAUGGAAGCGAAGCUGGAUAAGGAAACAGUGCCUCAUUAUAUAUGUGCCAAGCAGACCACAGAUUUCUUCAACAUAUGGCUCAAUAUGGAAUUGCUGGUACCUCUUGUCAUCGACUGUUGGGUAGACAACAUGCGUCUGGUCUACGACAACGAGACACGAACGACACGCAAUGCGCCCGGCGUGGAAACACGGGUGCCCUACUUUGGAGACCCGUUUGGCGUUGAGUACCUGGACCCGAGUCGCGCGUCGGCCGGCGCAUACUUCCGCGACCUCGGCAAUGCGCUCGUCGCCCAGGGAUAUGUGCGCAACGUCAGCCUGCGCGGCGCGCCCUACGAUUUCCGCAAGGCGCCUAACGAGAACGAGGCAUGGUUCGCGCAGCUGCGCGCGCUGAUCGAGGAGACGUUCGCGGCGAACGGAGGCAAGCGCGGUGUGGUGUUGGUCGCGCACAGCAUGGGCGCCCUGAUGACGCUGCACUUUCUGCAGGGCAUGCCGCAGCCCUGGAAGGACCAACAUGUCGCCGCGUUUGUGUCGCUGGCCGGCGCCUAUGGCGGCAGUGUAAAGGCGGUCAAGGUGUAUGCAAUUGGAGACGAUCUAGGAACGUACGUGCUGCGACAGAAGACACUGCGUGAGAUGCAGAUAACCUCUUCGAGUCUGGCCUACCUGCUGCCUUCACCCCUCUUCUGGAAGCCGAACGAGGUGCUCGUCGUCACCGACACUCAAAACUACACGCUCACCAAUUUGCCCGACUUUUUCACGGAGAUCAGUUUUCCGGAUGCGUCGGAGAUGUGGAAGGACACAGAGGCAUAUAAGCACAACUUCACAGCUCCCGGCGUCGAGGUGCAUUGUCUGCAUGGAAACGGCGUUAAAACCAUUGAAAAGCUGAUUUACAAAAAAGACAAAUUCCCCGACGGGGACCCUAGCUUCGAGUACGGGGACGGCGACGGUACUGUGAACAGGAGGAGUCUGGAGGGCUGCCUCUAUUGGAGCAAAAUGCAGAAGCAGAAGGUCUACCACGAGGUCUUUCCUAAAGUCGACCACAUGGCCAUACUCUCCAGCAAGGAUAUCAUCAACUAUGUUCUGUCAGUUCUCGACAAAUUGUGAUAAGCAGACCAGUCACUGGGAUAUCUACUUGAGUGGUGUCACCACAUAUGAUACAGUAUCAUCUCAAUAUGAUACAGUAUCAUCUCAACUUGAUACACAACACCAUAAUUCUACUAUAGUGAGGUCCACGUUAUAAUGACAGUAUUUGAUCUACUUUGGUUUUGCUAUCAUUGUCUAUCAUUUGACAAAGCCGGUGGUACUAUCCUUUUCUAGGUCCCCAACGAUGCCAAUUAUGUUUUUCACAGUGUAGAAAUAUAAUUAAUUAAUGCAGAGAAUCCAUUCUUCUAUCUUUAUCCACUGCCAUUAUAACGUGGACCUCACUAUACAUCCGGCCACUAACGUCACUGGGAUAUCUACUUAUGUUUUCUCUGUGGUGUCACCACAUAUGAUACAGUAUCAACUAAAUAUGAUACAGUUCCAACUCAAUAUGAUACAUUAUCAUAUCAACUUAACGUUAGGGUGCGAUGAUGUGUGCAAUAGCAUAGAGAUAGCAUAAUAAGAUAACCAAUGUGUAGGUCGUCAUGUUCUGAAUUUCAAGCCGAUUUUUGUUAACUGAAGCCGAAUGCUGUCGACAACAGUCCAUUUUUACUGAUUUAGCCGGAUGAGAGUGUAAGAUAGAACGGCACAGUAUGAGAGAAUACCAGCGUCACACAGCUUCACCAAAAAUAACUACUAUAGUGAAGUCUACGUUAUAAUGGCAGUGUUUGAUUAGCAAUGGUAUUGCUAUCCUUGUCUAUCAUUCA